AUGCUCGUCAUCGCUGUCUUUGACAACGGCAAGGAAAAUCUUGAUGGACUAGCAGACCUCCUCAAGGAAGUCGGGACUUACACGAUCUUCAUUUCACCCUACAAUUCGAAGGCAAACGGCAUCAUUGAGAACGGUCACUCCUCCAUCACAGGAGCCCUGAAAAAGACAGAGCUAGGAUCCAAGAGCAGAUGGCUGCCCAAUUUGGAGAGAGCGUUGCUAGCCGAUCGAUCAGCUGUUAGGGCGUCA